UCAGUCAAGAGAGCCGGGUGACGAUGGCUUCCCAUUUUUCCUGGUUCCUGUUUUCCCUGUUGGCACUCCUCUUCUGCCACGAUGCCGCCCUCUCUGCCAAGACGCCUGAGGAGCUUGACAUCCAGACACUGGAAAAAAUGAAGGAAAAGGUGAAAGAAAAGGUCAAGGACAACAAUCAGUUUGGUGUGCUGUAUCUGCCAGGGAAGAACCUCGAAGGCCAAGAAUGCCAUAAACUAAGAUUCAACAAUCCCAGAGGAGUUAAUGGACACUGUAAUUUUGCUCCCGUGUUCAGACUUCCAAAUCCAUUAAAAGGAAAUAAAGAGACAGUAACUCACAGUGAGUGGCAGCUGAUCCACACGGCGCUGACGCCCAUGCUCGAGAAAUGGAAGGAAGGAAAUGCCAGGAUGAAAAGAAUGUACAGAACGAAAAGAGGUAAAAACAACAAAAAUAAACGCCAAAGGAAGAAGGCUAAAGGAAACAACAUCAACUCUGGAAACACCAAGAAAGGAAAUGAAGCAGGAAAGAGCAAAGGCGGGACCCAGAAAGGGGGCCAGACGGACUCCAGCAACUGCCCCGAAGCGCUCUAUCUCUACUCCCGCCUCGCUCCGGACUACGACAGCAAGAGAAGGCGCUCUGGCUUCACGUGCACGCAGGCCAUUGUCAACACCAUCCCAGAAAUCCUCAGGAAUGUUACUUGUGAAACUACAAGGAUCGUCGUUGGAUUUUCCGUGGUAAAACCAGCAUUCAUGAAAGUAGCAUGUGAAGGUUACGACCUCAUGAAGACCAACGGAAUAAGAGAGUACCACCUGGACAGCGAUCUUCCCAACAAGGAAUUCAACUGCAAGGACGCAUCCGGACCCACCCAGGCUAAGGGAAGCAGUUCGAAACCCGGCAAGAACGUUAACAAGAAGGGUAAGUCCAAAGCCGUAGGACCGGGUCGUUAGGGAGGACUCUCGCGUGGCAUUCCUGUUGCUGCGACGAGAGGCUCUCUGGGCACGGCGAGGCAAGAAGCGUUGCAAGAUGGAUUGGCUCGGAAAACGGACCCGGAAUGCGUCGGUUCGCAAGCUGUGUUGAUUAGGCUUGGGGCUGGAUUUGAUCUUUUGGUUUGAUUCUUUUUUCACUUUGUUAUUUGGUAAAAUUGGAUUUUUUCUUAAAAUACACACACACACACACACACACACACACACACACACACACAC